AUGGGGAAGAUCUUCAGGGUCGUAUCCCGCAUAACAUCUUUGUCCAGAAGUCUCGUCACCAACAUCUGGGGAGAUUUCAUUAAAGGAGUAGGAAAGAAAAUCAAUAGUAGUCGAAAUACUUACUUUUGGUGGGAGAAUUGGGCACCUCUUGAUCAGCCGCUUAUCUACUACACUGUUCGACAACAUAACAGUUUUAAUUACUCAGAAUCGAUCAGUCACCAUGUUCUCCCCAAUGGACAGUGGAAUAUAAACAAAUGGGUGCAUGUUCUACCAAGAUGGGUUAUUGAGAAGCUCAAAAAGACCAAACCCCUAGAUGGACAAGAGAAGGAUCAAUUCAGAUGGAGAGCUAAUAAUGAUGGGUUAUUCAGUGUCAAGGAAGCUUAUAAAUUCAUACAAAAUACCAGGCACAGUACUCUGGAACCAUUGUGGAAAAAGAUAUGGAGAUGGCCUGUCUCAAAAAGAAUCAAAUUCUUCUUUUGGAUUGGCUUAAAUGGAAUAUUGCAAGUAAACCAGGAAAGUCUCGCCAUCGCGGAUGGCCUUGGAUCAGGGUUUUUUGUAACACAUGCUGGAUCCUUUGGAAAGCCAGAUGCUAAAGGCUGUUUGAAGGCACUCUUUGCACUCAUCAGAGGUGACACAUCAAGGAUUGUACCUACUUAUGGAAGACUCAAGCAACAUCAGCUUUCAGCAUGCAAUAUUUCAAGGAUUUUCAGAGGACGCGACCAAUUGGUAUACUCCUCCGGAAGGUUUUCUCAGCAUGGAUGUGGAUCCUUCCAUUAAUCAGCUUUCAGCAAGGAUAUGCUACAUGUGGGGGAGUGAUCAGAAAUCAACACGGGCAGUGGAUUCUGGGAUUUAGAUGAGAAUAGGGAGAGUUUCUACCAUCCUUGCUGAACUUCUAGCUUUAAAGACUGAUUUAGAAGUAUGCAAAUUACAGAAUUUUCAGAAAAUUAACCUUUUCUCAGAUUCUUUGGAUGCAGCAAACAUGAUUUUUAGAAAUUGCUGUGCCAAUUCUAUCAUCAAGAAUGUAGUGACUAUAACUUGGGAGCUUAUUUACAGGGAUUGGGAGGUUACUAUUAAACAAACCCCCACAGAUAACUUGAGAUGUGCUGACUACAUAGCAAGAACCACUCAUGGCGUAGGAAUUAAUACGAAAUUACUUUGGUCUUGUCCUACUGGUUGUCUAGACUUGAUGUUGUUUGAUAUGAGUACCUCUUAAUUGCACUCCCCAUUUUCAAGCUUUGUCUUGCCUUUAUAUUCUAAAAAA